UAUAACAUUGGUGUUUAUAUUACAUUGUACUUCGUAAAACAAUUCAUCUUCGUUAACCAGAGGGACAUUUGAUGUGUUAUGCAUUAAAUACAUAUGUUUGAAUGCGUGUAGUUGUACUUUUGCUUGCAAGCUGUGCACUUCCGGAAUUGGGCUGCCUUUUCAGUAUCAAAGAGUUUGACUUGCUACGCGUUAGCUAGCUAGCCAGUAAAGCAGAGUCUUGUUUGUAAUUUUAGCUUGAUAUGCAAUGCAACUGGGCCAUUUUAAUACAUGUGGUGCAAAAUACUGAACUGAUGGCAAAGUGUGGUCAACAAGCAAAAUACUUGUAUUUAAGUGCUAGCCCGACUGGAUAAUGUUAGGGUAAUUUAGAAGAUAUAUGCGUAUCUAGAGCUAUAUGGAUCGCUAGCCACUCAUACGGGAACCAUGCUAGCCCAAUAUCGUCGUCUCCCAGUCAGCACAGCUAGUUCAACGUAGGUGCUUGCUAGCAGUAGCUAUAUUUUUGAUGGCGGCGCUAUUUUCAGGCCGCGCUCAAACAGUUUUUUUCACUCGUGUACAGUGUUAGCGAGUCAAGACUUAAAGAAACAGUCUGUUUCAGAAACUGUUGUGGCUAACGACAACAUGGUCUUAGUCCGUGGAAUAAAAUUGAAUGUAAAACUGAAACCUUAGCUUCUGAAACAUUGCGGACAUUAACUGGACCAGCAGUAGCAGCUGGGGAUAAAGCUAAGUCGAAACAUUAAGCACAAUUAGCAUAUUUUGCAAAGUUUGCGGGAGAUGCUAAUGAAAGUGCUUGCAGACCAGCUAGCAAAUUUUGCUUUGCUACGUCCACUAUUUAUCUCUACUUCCACGAGUUCCCAGUACUAGCUUGGCCCCAAUUUUAAAAACCAAACGCCCGUCUGUGGACCUGUUCCAUCGAUGUCCAAUGGUCGCUUGCAUUGCCAGUUACAGAUCAGAAGGACAGUAUGGCCACUACUGUUGCUGUCAGUCCCAGCGAAUACCUCCAGCCUUCUGCCACCUCCACACAAGACUCCCAGCCCUCUCCUCUGGCCCUCCUGGCCGCUACCUGCAGUAAAAUCGGCCCCCCUGCCGCCCAGGCCCCUGUCAGCACUCCUCCGGCCCAGCCCACCACCCGCCGCCUGCACCCCAUCAAGCCAGCGCCCAUUGCGCCAGCGCCCCCCAAGAACGCCCUGGGCUUCCUCUCGGCCAAGGGCAAUGUGAUCCAGCUGCCGGCGGGCCUGGGCGCCUCGGGCUCCAGCCCCAUCCUGCUGACCAUCCAGAGCCCCACGAGGCAGGCCGCCGCCCCGGCCAACAUCCAGUACCAGAUGAUGCCCCAGAUCCAGGGGGCGCAGACCAUCCAGAUGGUGCCGCAGGGCAGCCAGAUCCAGCUGAUCCCCGGCACCAACCAGGCCAUCAUCACCACGCCCGUGACGCUGCCCACCGCCGCGCCCGCCCCGGCCCAACCUAUCGUCACCAUGGCAACGGCCGCGCCCCAGAAGACUGUGGCGAUCAAGCCGUCGACGCAGAAGCGGCGGCAGAACAUGGUGCGGUUGCCCAGCGGCCUCACGCUUCCCCUCAACGAGACGGGCGCCACACAGGUGGUCACGGAGACGCAGCAGGUGACUGCGCCACAGCCGCCGCCCGUUAAGACCUCCAGGAGGGGCCGUAAGAAGCAGACGCCGGUGGCCGCCGUCACCCCCACCCCCGUCGCCCCUCAGCCGGCCUCCCCCUCCCCUGUGCCCGAGCAGAUGGAGACGCUCCUUAUCGAAACCACAGCCGAUAACAUCAUCCAGGCGGGGAACAACCUGCUGAUCGUCCAGAACCCCGGCUCUGCCCAGCAGGUGGUGCAGCAGGUGCAGCUGGUCCAGCCCAAGCAGCACGAGCAGCAGCAGCAGCAGCAGCAGCAGCAGCAGCAGAUGGUCCAGAUCCCCUCACAGGCCCUCAAGGUGGUCCAGGCCGCCUCUGCCACACUGCCCCAGGUGCCCCAGAAACAGCCCACCCAAAAUCUGCAGAUGGCACCCACCGAGCCCACACAGGUGCUGAUUAAGACGGCCUCAGGUGAGUGGCAGGCGGUGCAGCUCCAGGAGACCACCGUCGCCCAGACCCAGAUGGCCCCCGUCACCACCCACGCGCCCACCAUCAUGAACACCUCUGUUGCCACGGCUACCGCCCCCAAGCGCGCGCUGGCAGCAGGGGUGCGGAAGGAGCGUUCACUGCCAAAGAUCGCCCCGGCGGGCGGGCUGAUCGCGCUCAACGCCGCGCAGCUGUCUUCGGCCGUGCAGGCCGUGCAGACCAUCAACAUCAACGGGGUGCAGGUGCAGGGCGUGCCCGUCACCAUCACCAACGCCGGAGGCCAGCAGCACCUGACGGUGCAGACGGUGCCCGGGGGCAGCCUGCAGCUGGGCGGGGUGGCGGGCCCGCAGGUGGAGCAGACGCUGGCGCUGGAGCUGCAGAGCCAGCCUGGCGAGAAGAAGAGACGCAUGGCCUGCACCUGCCCCAACUGCAAGGACGCCGAGAAGAGGCCGGGCGAGCUGGGCAAAAAGAAGCACAUAUGUCACAUCCCGGGCUGCGAGAAGACGUUCCGCAAGACCUCGCUGCUGCGGGCGCACGUGCGCCUCCACACGGGCGAGAGGCCCUUCGUCUGCAACUGGGUCUUCUGUGGCAAACGGUUCACCCGCAGCGACGAGCUGCAGCGGCACGCACGCACACACACGGGAGACAAGCGUUUUGAGUGCUCACAGUGUCAGAAGCGCUUCAUGAGGAGCGACCACCUGACGAAGCACUACAAAACGCACAUCAACACCAAAAACUUAUGAGCUGGUGCCCUCCUCCCCUCCCCCUACCGCCAGUAUAGACACGCGGCCGGCCGGUCACUCUCACGCCCGGCGCGGUGCUCUGGACGCCGCUGACCGCGGAGACUGACCUACAGACACCAGCAGCAGGGAACGAGGAGUCGCUCUGACAGGGGGCGGCGCGUGGGCUGUCCGAGCGGACGGAUGUCCGUCCGCUGUGCCCGGCCUCCGCCCACCCCCCCUCCCCCCUUUCCCAUCCUCCUCCAUGAAGGUGGUGCCACGCGGAUGACCGACGGCGGUCCCCUUCCCUGGCGUGAGUUCAACUCCCGACACUGGCACAGAGAGAGAUGAUGAUUGAGGCCAACGUACGUGCAUUAUGUGUUGGAACCUCGGUGUUGCCGAAGCCUCUGAGGUCUGUGUCCAGGCUAUCGGGUCAUUCAACUC